AUCAACAAGCCCUUGUGGAAUGUCCGGAGCAAAGGGAAAGGGAACAUUUCGGUGUUCCAGGUGCCACUUAAGUUGCCGUUUCGACUACUUUGGUCAGAGACCGCCUUUCCAAACUGCUCUCAUACUUCUGGAAGACGCGUAUGUAAUGAAAGACCCAUUCUCUCCCGAUGAACGACAGCUCGUGCUUGGCUCUCACUGCUCAGUUUGUCAACAGCCGGUCUGUGUAGGAACGGGAUGCAGUGUAUUCUACACCAAGAGAUUUUGUCUGCCGUGCGUUCUAGCCAAGGCUGACGAAUUCCCGGAAGAAAUUAGAAAAGAAGUAGAAAGCAAGAAUACGGAAGAUAUUCAGAGAUUCGAAUAGCCGUUAGCUACAAGGAAGGUCUCUGCCAUGUGGAGUUGUGGACAGAACUUCAGUUUAUUAGUUUAUAAAUAUGAUAAACAUUUUCAGAGUGUUGAUACUUUGGUAGCAUUGCCUGCCCUUGUAACGCAAUGUUUAGUUAACUGUACUGUACCAUUACUGGUAGUCAUUGAUAUUGAAAUUCAAGGGCCAAU